UAACCCGCAAUUGACAUAAUACUUAAAACCAUCAAGACAAUUCAAGCAAAACAGCAAAAAUUCAUUACCAUUGGAACACGUUUGUACAGUCUAACAAGUACAAUCCUAAACUACCUACUGUAUCUUAAUUUGCGGAGGAUGAAGAGAAAGCACACAGAAAUGACAGUUGAGAAAUAAUAAUUUUUAAGAAAUUGACCCCGAGUUAAAUUUCAACUGUCCCAGAUAAGGGUGUGAAUACUUAUGCAAGUAGCACAUGUUUCUGGUUGCUGCAUAUGAAAAUGUAUUAGCCAAAUCUGGCAACGCUGCAGAGCGGUAAGGCGAGCCGAAACCAAGUUAAGCUGUGGGUGGGGUCAAAGCACGCUGGUGGUAGUUUCUCAGACUGAAACAGGAAAUAUUCAGUUAAACCUGUGGAUGAAAAGAAAACUAAAAGCCGAUCUUCUUCACAUCUCACGGUAAAUUCUGAUUAGAAGCUGUCAACAAAUCACCAGGCUUCCUGAAAUGUAUCUCUAAAAUGAGUGCCGACGAGGAGGAUGUUCAGAGAGAGCACCAGAGAGCACCAUAUCUAGAGUCCAGCUGUGAGAUGUCAGUGACCUCUGACCCCAGAAGGAGACAGACAGCAGCAUCUCCAGCAUCCAGCUGUGUGUCCAUGAAGUGUAAUGAAUCCGUCGGUCAUCCUCCUGAUUUCUGUAAUGAAACAGUGACCUCUCACCCUGUUGACGAACGCAACGAUCUAGUGAAAUCUGUGAAUCAUCUAACCACUUCCUUAGUGGAGAUCAACAUCAUACAACAAAGAAUAAAAGACACUCACAAAACAUGCAUGAAGAACAAAUAUGAGACCUUAUUUGAAGGAAUCACACAAAAGAAUCAAACCCUUCUGAACAGGAUCUACACAGAGCUCUACAUCAUAGAAGGAGAGAGUGAAGGAGUCAAUGAAGAACAUGAGAUUGUACAGAUUGAGAAAAAUCCCAAAACACAGCCCUCACAAGACACUCCAAUCCUUUGCAAUGAUAUAUUUAAACCAUUGCAUCAUUCAGGAUGUGAGGGAAAAAAACAAAUAAAGGCUGUUCUUACUAAAGGCAUUGCUGGAAUUGGAAAAACGGUCUCUGUGCAGAAGUUCAUUCUGGAUUGGGCCGAGGGAAAAGCCAAUCAGGAUGUAGAUUUCAUGUUUGUGCUUCCAUUUCGAGAGCUGAACUUGAUUGAAGAGCAUCAGUACAGUCUUCACAGACUAUUGCUGGACUUUUAUCCUGAACUUCAUGAUCUGGAUUCAGAGAUUUAUGAGGAGUGUAAAGUUGUGUUCAUCUUUGAUGGUCUGGACGAAAGCAGAAUUGCAAUGAACUUUUCAGACACUGAGAAAGCUUCUGAUGUUACUGAGAUUUCAUCUGUCAGUGUGUUGAUAACAAACCUCAUAAAAGGAGAUCUUCUUCCUUGUUCUCACAUCUGGAUCACCUCCAGACCUGCAGCAGCCAAACGGAUCCCCUCCCAAUACAUCAACCGCUUGACAGAAAUACAGGGAUUCAAUGAGUCUCAGAAGGAAGAAUAUUUUAAGAAAAGAAUCAGUGAUGAACAUCAAGCCAGCAGAAUCAUCUCCCAUAUCAAAAGAUCAAGAAGCCUCUACAUCAUGUGCCACAUCCCUGUCUUCUGCUGGAUCUUAGCCACUGUGCUUCAAAACCACCUGAACCACAAUGACAGUGCAGAAAUCCCCAAAACUCUUACUGAAAUGUACAUCCAUUUCCUGCUAAGUCAAAUUAAUACAAGGAAUCAGAAAUAUGAAGAGAAGGAUUCAGAGAAGAUCCUAAAGUCAAAUAGAGAAAUGAUUGUGAAACUUGCUGAACUAGCUUUCAAACAGUUGAUGAAGGGCAAUGUGAUGUUCUAUGAGGAGGACCUGAUUGAGAGCGGCAUAGAUGUCACUGAUGCCUCAGUGUAUUCUGGGAUUUGCACUGAGAUCUUCAAGGAGGAAUCUGUCAUUCAUCAGAGAAAGGUCUAUAGCUUCAUACAUCUGAGCUUUCAGGAGUUUCUUGCGGCUUUCUGUGUGUUCUUCUCCCAUGUAGUCCAGAACACAAGAUUACUGCAGUUAUUUUUGGGUCAUAAUUAUGAAAGGUACAGGUCUGAGUACAAAUCUCUGUGUGAACUACUAAAAACAGCUGUUUAUAAAACCCUUGAGAGUGAAAAUGGACAACUAGAUCUUUUCAUCAGAUUCCUCCUAGGCAUCUCACUGGAGUCCAAUCAGAGACUCUUUGAAGAUUUAUUGAUAGGAACAGUGAACAGCUCGGAGAGCAUUACAAAUAUUACACAGUACAUUAAAGACAAAAUUAAAGAUGGACGUAAUCUCUUUGCUAGAAAAUCUAUUAUAUUGCUCCUCUGUCUGCUUGAAAUGAAGGAUCAGACUCUGUACAGAGAGAUUCAGGACUUUGUGAAAUCAGACAAACACUCAAAGAAUAAACUCUCUCCUGCUCACUGCUCAGCAAUAGCUUACAUGCUUCAAAUGUCAGAGGAGGUUCUGGAUGAGCUCGACCUUAAGAAAUACAACACAACAGAUGAGGGUAGAAGACGACUUUUACCAGCUGUGAGCAACUGCAGAAAAGGCUAUGUGAGCUGUAACCUCACUGCUGAGUGCUGUGACAUUGUGUUCUCAAUUCUACAAUCACCGGACUCUCUUCUGAGAGAGCUAGACCUGACUAACAAUAACCUGCAGGAUAGAGAGAACAGUCCACAGAGUCAACUGGAGAGAGGUGCAUGCUGUAAUCACACUGAUGAUUGCUGUAAAAGUGCACCUUCAGUUCUACAGUUAACAGACCCUCUUCUUGGAAAGCUGGACCUUCAGGAAUCAGGAGAGAAUGGUCCACAGUGUCAACUCAUGAAACUGAGACUUGCUAUCUUCAAAUACCUACAUAAAUCAUUUGAAGAUUUCACGUUCUCUUCACAACCUUCAAAUUACCUGCAGAGAGAACCAUAUAACAAUGAUCAGCAGUAUUCAGGAAUGGAGCUGCUCUUUGCUGGUUUGACGAAUCCUUACUGUAAACUGCAGAUUCUGAGACUGGCAAUCUGUAAUCUUACUGAUCAAUCAUGCAAAGGCUUGGCCUCAGCACUUCAAUCAUCAGACUCCUCACUUAGAGAGCUGGACCUGAGUAACAAUGACCUGCACAAUUCAGGAGUGAACAUUCUCUGUUUUGGGCUACAGCGUCCAAACUGUACACUGGAGAUACUAAGAUUAUCUGGCUGUAUGGUGACAGUGGAAGGCUGUUGUUAUCUGGCUUCAGCUCUACGGUCAAACCCCUCACAUCUGAGAGAGCUGGAUCUGAGCUACAAUCACCCAGGAGAUUCAGGAGUGAAGCUGCUCUCUGAUUUACUGGAGGAUCCAGGCUGUAAUCUAGAUAAACUUAAUGUGGGUCAUGUUGGAGAGCUUAUGAUUACUGCAGGACUACACAAGUAUGCCUGUGAUCUCACACUGGAUCCCAACACAGCAAACGUUCAUCUCUGUCUAUCUGAGGAGAACAGAAAGGUGACACGUUUGGAGGAGCAGCAGUCAUAUCCUGAUCAUCCCGACAGAUUUGAUUUCUUUCCUCAGGUUGUGUGUAGAGAGAGUCUGACGGGACGCUGCUACUGGGAGGUUAAAUGGAGCGGGUGGAGGGGGGCUGUUAUAUCAGUGGCAUAUAAAGAAAUGAGCAGGAAAGGAGGAAGUGAUGAUUGUAGGUUUGGGUUCAAUGAAAAGUCCUGGAGCCUUGAUUGUUCUGAUGACAUUUUCACUGUCUGGCACAAUAAACUUAGCACUGACAUACCUGUACCGCACUCCUCCAAGAGAGUGGGAGUGUAUCUGGACUGGGAAGAUGGCACUCUGUCCUUCUACAGCGUCUCCAAAACACACACACUCACACACUUACACACAUUUUACUCCACAUUCACUGAACCCCUCUGUGCUGGAUUCAGGGUUUUUACUGAUUCUUCUGUGUCUUUAUGUCAGAUGUGUUAAUCACCUCUACACGGUCAGCAAAAUAACUAAUAAAAAUUGUUAAUGUUUUUAAAA